AUGGCGACUGUUGCCUCUUACUCAGUUGACAAUUCGCUACGACCGGAUCACCUCAAAGAGAACAUGUCGAAGGAGCGGUUCAGUGUCAAGCCUUAUCCGGAUCUGCAGGUGUCAGAGGAAGAGCGCAAACAGUUGAUCGACCUCGUCAGCGAGUUCGUGAAAGGCCAUUUCCAGGAAUAUGAAGAUUUCGUCAUUGUGAACAAAAGUCAAGUGGAUGAGAAUCGAUGGAAGCACGUCAAGUCCAAGGACAAUCAGCACGUGUACGCUGAGCGUCCUCAAUGUGACAAUAGAGACAGAGACGCACGUGCCAUGUCUUGGGAUCCAGCCACUGCUGCCGCUGAAAAGAAUUUACCAGUUGUUCUAAGUGUUGGAACGCUAGUGGGAGAUGUCGACGACGUCAUGUUCGGAGUGGUGAAUCCCACCUUGGACGUCAUGCGGAUUAAAGCAUCGUACGUACAUGACCUCGACAGUGCUGCAGUGUUAUGCUCCGUUGUGGAGCCAAGCGUGGACGAACCUUUUCGAUCUCUGGUCAUCAAGUGGAUGACGAUCGACUUGCCUCUACAGUCCACGAGUCUAGUAAAAAGUCGAGACUUUGUCUACAUCGAGGCCACGGGGAUCGUACAUUUCGCUAAUGGCGAGCGUGUCGGCUAUCAUUUGCUGCAUUCGACAGAUUUCCCGCAGACCAAACCUUUACCGAAUAUGAUUCGUGGGAAUCUUUCGGUGUUCGGCUUCUUCCGACAGAUCGAGCAGAACACUAUUGAUAUUUACGCGAGUGGUACAGUUGUUCCUGGAGGAAAGAUCGCACGCUUUCUAUCGAUUCAAGUGGCUGCAGAAGCAUUGCUAUCUGCGACGAAUUAUGUGUAUUGUGGCCAGAUGAAGAAGUUAUCGUGGAUGUUGCAACACCGUCACUCGUCUUUCGAACGGCAAAACCAGACGCGAAGUGAGAAUUGUGUUGUAUGUGAACGCAAAGUGACGAAAGGGAUCAGAGGUUUCAUUGGCGCUAGUACGUGCAAAUUGUGCUAUGGCUGCGUGUGCUACUCGUGCAAGAUCCGCAAACGCAUCAGCUUCAUUGCUUUGGAUGGCCAGCUGAUUCGACGAAAGAUUUCGUUCUGUACGAAGUGUGUAAGUGAAGCGACCAAGUGGGAUGCGAAAGAGGCGGCUAGAGAUCAAGCUACAGGUUACCGAGCGUAUAAAGCAUUCUCGACGUCCUCGCAGUCGGAUACCAGGAGUACAGAAUCCUCGUCGUUCUUUGAUUAGUGACGUAAGACAGAUAUGUGUGAAGACGUUAAAUUAUCCGGUAUCCUUUUCUCGGU